CUUGGUUGUGGCCCCCUCCCCCUUUUCGACUUGGGAGCCCUUCCUGAAAAACAGAGUCAAGCUGUCAAAUGCUUGUUGCUCGAAGGAAAGUCGGCGCUAGUGUUUAAAAAAAAGUAUCGCAUUAACCGUAAAGGACGUGCUCUCGCUUCAAAUUGUGUUCGGACGAUACGAUGUUUAAUAGUGCGUCGAGUUGUUUAAUUUGAUGUUGAAAAUAAAGUGGUUAGUGUGUUCUCGCUCCCAGUUGGGCUGUGCUGGGUGGGUUGCCGUGGCGGUUCGUGACUGUCGGUGUGGCUAGCAGCGAGAUUUCGUGGCGAUGAGACCGUUAUCAAGAAGUGCCUUUCAGAUGACUCCCCGUGUCGCUGAUCUCUGGUCUCUGCCUGCCUGUACCACCCACACUCCUCUCUCUCCACCUCAGUCAGAGUACUAAUCCUCCCACCUCAAACCAUUCCUUUCUCCACCUGACUGCAGCAUUCAAUCCCACCCACAGCCACAGGAAGGCAUAAAGAGGGGAGGAAAUUAUAAACUGAGCCUGCUGUCAAAGUAGUCAGAAGAUCAUGCUAUGCAGGAACGUUACAUUUCUUGAAUAAAAACAGACGUUUGAUUCACAAUCUACCAACCUAUUACAGUGUCCUUUCACAGUAAAUAACUACGCCAUACUCAGACAUCUUGAACGUAGUGGAUAAGUGCCCAUAUAUCUCGUUUAGUGAGUUUCACUGUGGCUGUCAGCAAAAUGUCUGUGGCAUUGCCAGCUGUGCGUGACACUAAGUGGCUGACUCUGGAGGUGUGUCGUCAGUUCCAGAGAGGCACGUGCUCUCGCAGUGACGAAGAAUGCAAAUUCGCUCACCCACCCAAGAGCUGUCAGGUGGACAAUGGCCGAGUCAUCGCCUGCUUCGACUCCCUCAAGGGUCGGUGUUCAAGGGAUAACUGUAAAUACCUGCACCCUCCGUCUCACUUGAAGAGUCAGCUGGAGAUCAAUGGAAGGAACAACCUGAUCCAGCAGAAGACGGCUGCAGCCAUGCUGGCCCAGCAGAUGCAGUUCAUGCUGCCAGGAUCCAGCUUGCCUGCUGUGUCUUCCUUUCCUGUUGGUCAGAGUCUGGGGCCAGGACCUGGGAUCAGCUACUCCCCCUACCUCUCUCCUGUCACUCACGGGAUGGGGCUGGUUGCCACGGAGAUGCUCCCGAGCAACCCCGUGAUUGUCCCUGGCAGCCCUGCAGUAGCAGUGCAGAGCUCAAACUCCUCUUCCUCAUCUCAGAAAGCACUGCGCUCUGACAAACUGGAGGUGUGUAGAGAGUUUCAGCGGGGGAACUGCUCCCGAGGAGAGACAGACUGUCGGUUUGCCCACCCUAGCGACAGCCCCAUGAUUGACAGCACUGAUAACACAGUGACAGUGUGCAUGGACUAUGUGAAGAGCCGCUGCUCCAGAGAGAAGUGCAAAUACUUUCACCCUCCUGCUCAUUUGCAGGCACGCCUCAAAAGCUCUCAAAGCAGCCAGAGCACUGCUGCAACCGCUGCUAUGACUCAGUCAAGUGCCAAAGUGCUGAAGCGACCCCUCGAGGCAACUGUUGACAUGGCGUUUCCUCACACCAUGUUGCAGCCACUGGCUAAGCGAGUGGCUUUAGAGAAGAGUGCAGGGCCUGGUGGUCUAUUAAACCCCAGUGUUCUUCACUACCAGCAAGCUCUCGCCAACACACCUCUGCAGCCUUCUACUGCAUUGUUCCCUACAGGCUCAGUCUUGUGCAUGUCUCCUGGACCUGGCAUCGUUCCCAUGAUGCUCAGUGCCCCGCCUGCUACCGCCUCCGCUCCUGCUGCAAGCCCCUACGCUGCUGCCGCCGCGGCAACCGCCAAUCAGAUCAUUUUGAAAUAGAGCGCAGGAGGGGGACAGAGUGCCAACGCAACAUACACACACUUCUUAAACAACGAGUGUGUGGAUAUAACAUCCUCAACUCCACAGAAUUACUGCUACAUGCAUGCUGACACACACACACACACACACACACACACAGCCUAAUAAUAUUUUCCCUACAGUUACGUUCAAAAAAUACAUUAUACAGGCAUAUAUAUACAAUAUAUACACAACAAGAAACUAAUCAACCAUAUAUGUUUCUAAAUUAAUUUCACUGGAACAAAAUCCUACUCUUUUUGCUUGUUUAAGUACAUUAUAUAAUUAUAUAGUUAUACACAGUAUCAUCACCUGUGUUGAGUAGGAAAUCAUUCAACACUUGUUUUACUGUGUGACUCUAUUUGCACUUUUUUUUUUUCAAGAAAAAGGGCAACAUCUUGAGAAAGACUAUUAGAAGCCCAGUUUGAGGAUUUACACAAUUCUCUCCAAGCUGAGUCCAGAGAUAAUGAUUUAUGAGAGUUUAUCUGCCUGCACCGGCAUCAGAAAGGACUGUAUAACCGAGUGCCGAAGCACGUCAAAGCCAUGCAGGAGGAUGGCAGGCAGCAUGUCACAACCCUGUAGGAGAACGGCAUGUGAAAGCUAUGCAGGAGAAGGACAGAGUGAGUUCACCUCUCAGCUCCACACUUAAUGCUUUGCCUGAACACUGCUGCAAUACAGCAGCCUGGAUAAAGAGAACUCUGUUAGCCAAAUUAUUGAUAGAGAAAAAAAAAAGAUUUUCACCUUUAACAGUGGCCAAACAGAAUAGUGACACACUAACCCUUUAAAACUUGAUGUGAAUCUGAUCUUUAUUACUUUAUUACAGCAGUUCUUUUAUAAUUUCUUUAGCUGAAAAUUUAGCAUUAAAGUUUUGCCACAGUAGAGGUUAUUCUCUUAUUCUCUUGAUACUGUGCCGUUGGAAGAGAGUGAAAAAGAGAGAAACAAAGAGAUGAUUGUGUGCACUUGUGUGACUUUAUAUUUGCGUGUGUUUGUGCAUAGUAACAGAGCAUAGCAUAAGUUACUACAUCUGGGCUCGACCUCUAGACUCAGGGUCUAGAUGUCCCAGCAGUAUGAGGUGUGUUUAGUCGAGCCAAACUGGGCUGCGUUCAUCCUGUUUUUGGUUUCUGUAUUUAUUCUGUUAUGAUUCUGUAUAAGUGCCUAACAAUGUUCUUUACAAGCAUAGUAUGGAUACAGAUUUGAACUGUUUAUGUUUAAUUUUGUUGCUGCAAUCUGUCAUUCUCUCUCAAAAAAGGUAAAAACUGUUUAAAAGGUUGACCAUGGAUGUCAUGUUCACUUUUGAUUUUUUUUAAAUUUUUAAUUUUUUGAAAAUUACAAGAAUAACAGAUUUGUUACUACUAACACAAAAUGAUGUCCUGUAUAAGAGGAGUCUGUGACUGCUAUUUGGGAAAGCCUUUUCUCUACUCUGCAUAUAUAUAUAUAUAUAUAUAUAUAUAUAUAUAUAUAUAUACAUAUACAUAUAUAUAUAUUCGUAGGCCUCUCUAAGAUUCUACUUACAUUUAAUUCAUUUCCUAGAGCAGUGAUUGGCAAUAGUCUGACAUGUAACUGACCUAAUACUUAAUAGCUCUAUUAUUCUAAUCCACUUUAAUUUAGGAGACAGUCAAUCAUAUAAUUUCUAUUUGUAUGUGUGUUUGUGUGUUUUUAUGUGUGUUUUAAUUCAGGGCGGAGAUAAAAUGCCAUGUGGAGAACCUAGACAAUCUUUAGUUUAGAUACGCAAAGGCACUGCUCAGACUUGUAGUCAUUUAACUUCUCAGCAUCGCCUGAGGAUAAUUUAUGUUGUGAUCUAUAAGAUAUAUGAGAACUAUUAUGUAAUGUUACGGUAUUGAUUGUGGUUAAUGGACCAUUGUUAUGUUUUGUUUUGAGAUGAAUGUAAUUUAUUUGAUGUAGGGCCUUGUUGUUCAGAUGCUGUUUUAAAAGGCCAGCUUGGUGCCACCUUCCUCUCCUGCAUCACCUGACUUGUGUAGGAAGAGAAAAGCAGGGUGCUUGACUUUUGAAAGUUACAGUGCCCUCACUAAAAGCAUUAAGCGUUACGUCGUAUUACACAGUUGUUUGUGAAUCUAAUGCUUUGGUAUAAUAGUCGUUGUUUGAGGUGUGUAACUAUGGCAGAAGUCGGCGUUUGUGAAAGAGAAGCCUAGCAGUGAGUAAUGCAGGUAGCCAGCUGAGAGAAGCACUCAACACUGCAUGACGCAUCAGUGCAGGUCAGGCUGCAGAAGUGUUCAUGUUAUGUCAAAUUAAAGAUUAAAAACACCGCAUUUCAUUUUAUAGUUCACUUAUGUGUGCUAAUAUUUUAGAGACAGUACUAAUUUGUUAAUGUGACAGUUCAAAAUUGCUAUGAAUGAAAUUGUUUUUGUAAGUGAUGUUCCUGUUAUGUUUUUUUUUUUCUUCUUCUUCAAGAUGGUAGGUUCAAGUAUAUUUUCCUACUGUUGGAAAAAUACUUAGUUUCAAUGCCUUAUUGUCAUGGACCAUACUAUUUAAUUGAAAAAAUAUUAGUCUUAAAAAUUUUUUCACUUCUAAUAAAUGUUUAUACAGGUUUAUUUCCAUUGUCCAGGUGUAAAUGUACAUUCAUUGGAAUUUCUUAUAAAACAACAUACUAGUGCUAAAAAAGCAGUGUGUCGUCACUCUGGAGCAUGAGCACAAUCCUGCUGUAACACACUAUAACAGAUCAGACAUCACUGACAUUACAAUAGAAUUGUGGUUUUAUUUCAGAGAUAAUAAUAGAAAUAGAAAUGUUUACUGCUUUGUCCUUAUGGCUGAUCCACAGUCAGAGAGCCUCAUGUUCUGUCUCCCAUUACAGAACUUUUACUAAACAUAUGAAUGUGUCUAAUCAUCAGUGCGUAUCAGUGCGUCUCCUGCUUUCUUAGUGUCAGUCUGGUGGAUAAGAAUUUCAGAAUGUAAUUUAUCUCUUGACUGUUGUAGCACAUUCUGGACAGGUUUAUGACUUGAGGGCUACAGUGCACUCACUACCUUAGUCUGUUCACAUGUGAUCUUUGCCUUAUCUUCUAUGUGUUGCUCUGACCAUUUCAUGUCUCUUAAUGUUGUUUGAAAGUUUUAGUAAAACAAAAGACUGUAUUGGCUCUCCUAAAACUAAAUAUACAAUAAAUAAAUAUUCAACAAUCUGAUGCUAAAGAAGGGUCUGUAUAAUAAAACCUUUUCUCCACAACUGGAGUGAACGUGUAGGUUUAGAGCCCAAAGAUUGCUAAUGGAAACAGGAUAAAUGCCUGGAUCUGUUGUUUCCUGAUGUGGAGAACAGGCUUUCAAAUAACAGAUGUACUAAGCUGUACUUUGUUUUCUGAGCACUACUUUGUUCCUAGGCUCUAUUCAACACCAGUUACAAGGAAGGAUUCACACAGUAAAGUUCCAUGCAGAUUAAUUAUGCCACACAUUAUAAGAAUUUAAAGAGCUUUUUAUAUGUUUCUUUGUGUAAUAUUAAGUAGUUUAUUGCUUUUUUGGUUCUGUAAACAUAAAGUUUGUAAAAUAUAUUGUCACAAAGUGAAUAAAAUCCUUUAAUGACCA